CCAGUGCGUAUCCGCGAGGCAGCCAGCCGCCGACAGCGUCACAGUUGCGUUACGUCACGUCACGUGCACACCGGCAGACAUGGGCGACGCGCAUGCGCCCGCUCGCUUCAAGAGGUGCGCCUCGGAGCCGAGCUUGCACGCGGACGAGAAGCGUCCGCGGUCUUGUGGCUGGCCGGCGCCGCCGCCCCCCACCUCUCGCAGCUCGGAGGAGCUGACUGCGGACCACGGCUGCAGCCGCAGCUGCGCGUCGCACCUGGCGCCGCAGCUGCAGACAGGUGGCGCGCUACCCGCACAGGAGGACCCCCGCGACCUGCUGCAAGUGACGCUGGACCAGAUCUGCGAGCUGCAGAGGUCUCUACAGUCGCCCCACGCCGACGCCCACGCCUCCGAUUACGAGGCUGAUGACGACAGCGAUGGCGAGGGCACAGACAGCGGCGAAGAAUGCGGGGGCGCGUGGGACCGGCAGGUGGUGCUGGCUGGCUUCGAGCUGUGCUCCAAGGAGGCGCUCAGGUUCCUGGUGGAGGAGGAGCGCCUGGGAGCAGGCCACCCCGCUGUCAAGACACUGUCGGCGCACUUGAGCGCCCGCUCCCAUCAGCUCGACUGCCGCCGCGUCCUGCUCGACUACCUGCGCCGCCGCGACACAGGCGCCGACGCCGAUGGCGCCUACCUCUCAUGACGUCACCUGGUGUCACCUGACCUCACCGCUACACUGCCACCGUGAUAAAUGGUGUCACAUUACACCCUCACAUACUGGCCUCUAGUGUGAGAAUUUCAUUGCAGCGUCAAUACUCGCAACCAGCUGCCAACUAAGUCACUUCUUCGUCCCUACUCUCUCUAAUGCCGUGAUGUCAUAUCGGCAGAUACCUGUUGGUUCACCUAAUACACAUUCAUCGGAUAUCAGACAUGAUGUAUGCUUCCACUUCACGCCAAUCACACAGUGGAAUUUACAGUGUACCAUCAUGAAACUUGCUCACUGUGAGAUCAGGCUUCACCGAGCUGACUCCAGCACCUAGACACUGUACUUUUAUUUGGCAGUAUGUCUUAGCAAUUACGACACUCGUUCUGCUCGAUAGGAAAGGUUUAUUUGUUUGAUAUUGAUGAUAAAGCAUGGACACAUUAUGUAAUAUUGGGAAAACACAUGUCAACAUUGUGAAACAUCUGAAACGAUUACCACGUAAUUUUUGGAGAGGUUAUUUCUUGUGCCUAUGCCCCAGGUCUCUUACUUUAAGAUGAAGUGCCAAAAAGAAGAUCAAAUUCAAAUUUCAACAGCCUUUCCGUUAUAGAUUUUGUACUAACAAAACAAGUAAUAUUUUUCAUAAUAUUUCUUUGUCAGUGUGUUAGGAUAUUUAUGUAUACAUUUAGAAAUGGUGGUUGUCAGCGAUUUUGUUCACUCUCUUUAUGUGUAGCUCUUUAUUUUAGGAAAGUGCAUUUAUUUUAUCUAGUCAGCUAAUUUUGUAAGCGCUUUUUCUAGUCAUAUGCCACUGUUCCUUCCAGGUACAUCCAAUGCAGUUAUGGAAUAUUAGCCUUUUUCCUGCAGCUUCAACACCUAGUAUAUGAGACACAUCUGAUCCUCCCAUCUCUCUCUGUCCACCUUCCCCUCCCCCCUUUCUUUCUCCACAUCUUCCUGUCUAUCCAUCACUGUCUCCCCUGUCUCUGCUUAGCUAUGCCCAUCCACACUUGUAGCCCCUGUAAGGUGUGCCAAUACUACCUGCACAAUAUGCCUGUCAUGUAGGGCAAGUCUAUAUGUCAGAGGUAGAAAACCAUUUUUGUCCAUACCUGUGCCCCUAUGAGUGCUAGAUAGUUCGUUCCCACACAGUACUGAUUCUCCUAUAGCAAGGAGUAUGUGUACCAAAUUUGGUUGAUAUCUUUAUGACAGCUGCUUCGACUUGAUUGCAUUUCUCAAGUAACCUACAAAUACAACACUACUGACACUAUCUACACAUAGCAAUCCAAAACAACUUCAAAUAAAGAUAUUAUUGUGACUGCUAUCACUUUCAGUGACUUGGUAUAUUGCUAUAUAACUAGAGUAAGCUUAUGCUGAAGUUGUGUUGACUUUUAGAAUGAUUAUGUUUUGGUGUCAGCUGUAACAACACAAAAUCAGUACUACAUUCAACACGGAUUCAUUUAUAUCUUCAGUGGCAUGCAUUUACUCAUUACAAAAAGAUCUAAGCAUUUGAAUGCUAUAUUACCUUUGUACAUAAUAGGUUAAAAUCCCACAUUUGCAUUUGCGAGAAAAUGAGAAAAGAAUGAGAGAAGGGAACAGUUUUGCUUUGUAAAGAUUUUUCAGCACAAAUUCUUUUUACCUGAAGCUCACCUUAAGCCAGCAGUAGACAUCCUUCAUUUACUUUAUGUCACCAUACUCUUCACAGUAUUUCUUGAACACAACGAAAUAAAAAUGUUAACUUUAGUCUAAUACUGCUAUCGUUUGCUACAACAAUGAAAAACAGUCACGGACACACCGAUGGGCAGCAGUUCAAAUCCCUGGUCCCCCCCCCCUUCCCCCCUCCCCCACCACCAACAAUAAGAUUUAGGUUUUCUUUGAUUUCCACAGAUCAUUUAAAGCAAAUUUAGAGGUGGUUCCUUAAACAACGUAAACAACGGUAGCAGAGAUAUUCAAGGGAAGUAAAUGAAAUACGGGGGGACAUGACCAAAAGCAAAGAGAGAGGGUGUCUGUAGAGGUAAGUUACAGUAUGCGCCAUGUAAUGAUCUCUCCCAGCGACACCGAAACUGUGAGUCUCUGAAUGUGCCGCUAGGGACAUAAAAUCCAGCCUACCCUUUCCCAAAGUGGCAAUUACGCUUGCAGUGACUUCUCACGUUACGUUCCCAGCAAUAAACGGCGGCGUCGCGCCGCCGCGAGUGUAAACGAACUCAACCCAGUCCAUCGUUACCUCUCUCUCUCUCUCUAUCACACACACACACACACACACACACAUACACACACACACACACACACACACACACACACACACGCACAUACAUACAUAUGCUUAACGCAUCCCGAGCUCGCAGCCCGAGCUCCCUCUCUCUCUCAGGGAUCCCAAGGGGGUGAAACCCCACAACAUAUUGUGACUUAACCUCCUGAGAUUUGUUGAAGUGUCGCACUUCGAUACUAAAAGCAUCUGAAAGGACCCAAAGUCGUAGGCAGGAAAUAUUUUUGCAACAUUUCCUGUCCUGCGCAUUGGCUUGUAUGUCAAUUUACACGCAGGGCGAGCCUUUCCGAACAGUAAGAAGGCAAGAGUAAAAACUCCGAUACGGGAGUGAAAAAAAGCCAAGAAACAGAGUAAGAUGUGAAAUUUAAUUUUUUUUU